UGUUCAUCCCACCGCAAUUACCGCAACCCACCGGAAUCACACAUUACCCCUUCUCCUUUUUCUUUAUACUCUCUCCCUGCAGAAUUUUGACAGCUUUACACAGUCAAUCUGCAUCAAAAGCCUAAUAACAUGUCCUUCAAGUCUGGCGGAGCUACGCCGUCGUCCGACAUGGACACGUCGGACCCCAUCGCCAUCGUGGGCAUGGCCGUGAGGCUACCCGGCGGCGUGCGCAACACCGAGGACUUUUGGAACCUCAUGAUGGACAAGAAGAGCGGCCUCAUCCCCAUCCCCAAGGAGAGGUGGAACAGCGAGGGCUUCUACAGCCCCGUGGCGAAAUGGGGCACCGUCCAAAACAAGGAGGCGUACAUGUUCAGCCAGGCCGACAACGACCUCACCAAGUUCGACGCGUCCUACUUCACGUGCGGCGAGAAGGAGAUUGAGCGCAUGGAUCCCAUGCAGAGGCAGCUGUUGGAGAUUGCACGCGAGUGUCUCGACAACGCCGGCGAGACCAACUGGCGCGGCGAAGAGAUCGGUUGCUACGUCGGCAACUUCUCGUCAGACUGGCAGGACGACUUGUCCAUGGACCCCCACGCCUCUGGUCUGUACCGUGGCUCGGGAUAUCUCGACUUCUUACAGCCCAACCGGGUCUCUUAUGAGUACGGCUGGACAGGUCCGAGCAUGCUCGUCAAGACCGGGUGCUCAUCUUCCAUGGUGGCCCUGCACUUGGCUACCGAAGCCGUUCAGAACGGUGCUUGCAAGUCGGCCAUGGCCUUGGGCUGCAACCUCAUCACCUCAGUCAUCACCUCCAUCGUCUUCACAGAAACCGGCGUGCUGUCGCCAAGCGGCAAGUGCAAGACGUUUGACUUGUUAGCCGACGGUUACGGCCGCGGCGAGGCCGUCAACGCCGUGUAUGUGAAGAGGCUGAGCGACGCCCUGAGAGACGGCAACCCGGUGCGGGCCAUCAUCCGGGCGAGCGCAACCAACAACGACGGUCGCUCCAACGGCAUCAUGAGCCCCAACACGUACCUGCAGGAGGCACUGAUUAGGAAGACGUACGAGAAAGCCGGCGUCCCGUUCAACAAGACGGCCUUCUUCGAGUGCCACGGCACAGGGACGCCCACGGGUGAUCCGCUUGAGGUGGCGGCCGUUGCGCGAAUCUGGAAGGACAACGAAGGGGUCAUGAUCGGCGCUGUCAAACCAAACGUCGGCCACUCCGAAGGUGCUGCUGGCCUGACCAGUGUGAUCAAAGCGGUCCUUGCCCUGGAAAACAGGGUGAUCCCGCCCAACAUUUACAUGGAUAACCCCAACCCGAGAAUCCCAUGGGAAGAAGCGAAGCUGUCCGUCCCGACGGAGCCGACGUCUUGGCCGGAAAACCGCGAUGAGCGUAUCAGUGUCAACUCGUUUGGUGUUGCCGGCUCCAACGCACAUGUCAUUCUCGAGUCUUUUGAGGGAUGGCAGAAGCUCCAAGAUGAUGCCAGCUCCAUCAGCUCCGACUCGGGCGUCAGCGUCCGGUCUCCGGGCCAGCGUCUGCUGCUGUUCUCCGCCAGCCACAUGACUUCCCUCGAGAAGCAGGUGGAACAGCACAGAGAGUACCUCCGUAAGAAGAACACCGACGUGGACGAUCUCGCCUACACGCUCGGCCACCACCGAGACCACCUGAGCUGCCGGGCCUACGCCAUCGCCAACGAGGACGGCGUCUUCGACCCCAGCAGCUUCAAGAGGAAGCCCGCCGUCUCCCGCCGCCUAGUCCUGGCAUUCACCGGCCAGGGAGUCCACUGGGGCGGCAUGGGCAAGCGUCUGAUCGAGAGCAACGACGUCUUCCGCAGCACCAUCUCCCGCCUCGACGUCUGGCUCCAGUCGCUGCCCGAGAGCCACAGGCCGUCCUGGACCCUGGAAAAAGAGCUCUCGCUCGACGAUGCCUCCAGCAGGGUGGGCCAGCGUGGGUACUCUCACCCAUGCGCCACGGCCGUCCAGAUCGCGCUGGUCGAUGUCCUCGCAAGCCUCGGCAUCCGCCCCGAUGCUGUGACGGGCCAUUCUGGCGGAGAAGCUGCCGCCGCAUACGCCGCUGGCAGCAUCUCCGCCGAGGCCGCCAUGGCCGUAGCCUACUUCCGCGGCUGGCUCUUGGUCAACGGCACCGUUCCUCCGGGGACCAUGGCUGCCGUCAGUCUCGGCCCCAGGGAGGUCGAGCCCUUCCUGAUCCCCGGCGUGGUCGUGGGCUGCGAGAAUAGUCAGUUGAGCACCACCCUGUCGGGUGAUCCCGUCUGCAUCCAACACUGCAUCGACCAGAUCAUGCGCCGCCAUCCCGACGUCAAGGCCAGGGUCCUCAACCUGGAGACCUCGUUCCACUCUCCCUGGAUCGAGCCCCUCGCCGGUCCGUACGAAGAGCUGUUGAAGCCGCACCUCGCCGACGCCAAAGCACCGACCGUCCCUCACUUCUCCAGCGUGACCGGCCUGGAGAUGACGGGAGACGAGUUCGGGGCCAACUACUGGCGCCGCAACUUUGUCCAGCCCGUCUUGUUCAACACGGCGGUGCGGACCCUGGUGAAGAGCAACCCCAACAACCUCUUCAUCGAGGUCGGCCCGCACCCGGCGUUGCAGCGGCCCGUCAACGAGAUCUUGAGGAGCAUCCCCGAGGCCGCCUGCGAGUACAUCACAACCCUCCAUCGGGCCGAGGACACCAACCUGUCGAUGCUGCGACUUGCCGGCGAGCUCUUUGUGCAAGGAGCCCCGGUAGAUAUGGCUUCUGUUAUACCCAAGGGCAGAGUUUUGACCGAUCUGCCCACGUACCCCUGGAUGCACGACGUCACUUACAUGGACGAGCCUCGCAACCCUUCCCGCUACAAGCAGAGGAAACACACCAGGCACGUUCUCCUGGGCGCCAGAGUGCUCGAAGGCAACGACAUCGAGCCCGCGUGGAGAAACAUGCUCGAUCUCAAGGAGGUCCCUUGGCUCAUGGACCACAUCGUGAACGGCCAGAUCGUGUUCCCGGGCGCCGGCUACAUGGCCAUUGCCGGAGAGGCAAUGCGCCAGGUUGCCAACGGCCAGGACGCGUACACCAUCCGUGACAUGUCCAUCACCACCGGCAUGACGGUUCCCAAGGAGAAGAAGAUGGAGCUGUACACCCGCUUGAUCCCCGAGGACAAGCCCUCUCCCGAGGGGCAGUGGUAUCACUUCAAGAUCAUGUCCUAUGACGGCUACCACUGGGUCACCCACUGCUCCGGCUUCGUCCGCUCCGGCGCAGAGGCAGACAAGACCACCGUGACCAGCGCCCAGGCCGAGCAGGAGUUCGCUCGGGAGAUCGAGGCUGAGGGCUGGUAUAAGGCCGUCAAGGCCGUCGGCAUCGACUGGCAGACCGCCUUCCAAGGACUCGACCAGAUCACCGCGAACCCGGUCAGACGCGAGGCCACGGCAACCGUCUACGACUUUGAGGAUACGACGCACUACGCCGCCCAUCCUACCCUGCUGGACCAGAUGCUCCAGAUCAACCUCGUGGCCCAGACCCACGGUCAGAAGAGACGUCUUGACAGCAUUCUGCUGCCCACCUUCAUCUCUCGUCUGGGUGUCCUCGGUAACCAGGAUCUCUGCAUGAGGGCAUACGGCAGCAUCAGCGAAGCACCCGAGGGCAUGACUGCAAAUGCUGCCAUCUUCACGGACGAGGGCCGGCCGACGGUGUACUUGGAAGGCCUCUCUUACUCUGAGCUGCCUGUCGCCAAGCGCGAAGAGGUCCCGCUCGGGUCCACGUUCGAGUGGAAGAAGGACAUCACCAUGAUCGACUCUGUAUCCGAGAUCCAGAGCAGCACAUCAGAUGCGUCCGAGGAGCUUCGCGAUGCCAUUGGGCUCCUCGGCUUCAAGACGCCUGACGCAAAGGUCAUCGAGAUCGGCUCAGGAGAGACUGGAGUUACCCGCAUUGCUCUCGAGGCCUUGCAACCGGCGCGCCACAAGCGGUUGUACAACAGCUACACCUAUGUCUGCACGUCGGAGGAGCAGCUCGAAGAAGCCACGGCCGCAGUCAGUGCCCUGGAGAAGGAAGACGUGUCCGUUAUCGAUCUGGAACAGCUCUCCCUCUGCCACACUCCCGACGUCGUGGUGCUGUCUCUCUCGACGCUCUUGUCGGAUGACCGGUACCUGCAGGACGACUUGACAGAGUUGAAGACCAUGCAAACUGCCGGCAGCCGACUCAUUGUGCACAGCCAUGACGACUGUGUCAUGGGCUCCAACGACAACGUCGACAAGGUGGCCAAGAGGCUGCAGUCGCUGGGUUACACUCUUCAUUCCAAGACCAAGUCAGGGCUCAUUCUCGCCGAGCCAACCAAGCGUGUAAGUCUCGAACAAGACAACACCACAGUCACCAUUCUUGCACGCAGCACCCCUGGAGGCCGGACCGUUGCGGAAGAGGUCCAGUCGUACUUCCAGGCCAAGGGAUUCAAGACACAAAUCUCCUCCGCCCAGCUGGUUCCGUCCGACGGCUCCCUCGUCAUCUCGCUGCUCGACCUCACGGACAACAUAGUCUACGAUCUCGAGCCCCAGACCUUCAGGCCUUUCAUGGAUAGCCUAUGCAACCUACGCGGCUCCCUCAUCUGGGUCAUCCCCUCCGUCCACGGCGACUGCAAGGACGCCCGCCCCGCCAUGAUCCAAGGCACGGCCCGGACUGUUCGUAUGGAGAACAAGGCGGACAUCACCCUCGUCGAAGCGGACGAUCUCCCCGCCACCCGCACGGGUCUUCCCGAUGCGCUCUUCAAGAUCUGCCAGAGCCUCCCGAACCGACGGAAGGGCGGGGACCUCGACGCGGACUACGACUACGCCAUCAUGGACGGCAACGUCCACAUCCCUCGCAUGUACUGGUUUGGGUUCUCCGAGCCGGACGUCAGCAAAGCGCUGCCCGCGGCCCGAGAGACGCCCAUGUUUCGGGACGACGCCUCCUAUCUCCUCGUGGGAGGGUUUGGCGGGCUCGGCCGCUCCGUAGCGACUUGGCUGCUCGAGCACGGCGCCCGUAACCUCGUGUUCCUAUCGCGGUCCGCCAAGAACCCCGAUAACGAGUCGUUCGUGAGAGAGCUGGAGAGCUAUCCCGGCUGCGUCGUCACAUCGGUGUCGGGAGACGUCGGCAACGCGGAGGACGUGCUCAAAGCCAUCAGCAGCGCGCCGAAGCCGGUUGCGGGAGUCCUUCAGCUGUCGCUGGUCCUCAAGGACAACUCCACUGCCGAGAUGACCUGGGAAGAAUGGAACGGCGUGGUGAACCCCCGAGUCCGCGGCACGUGGAACGUUCACCAGGCUCUGUUGGACGCCCAGGUCCCACUCGACUUCUUCGUCAUCUUCGGGUCCGGAGGAGGCCACACCGGAUACUACGGCCAAGCCAAUUACAGCGCGUCCAACACAUACCUCGAUGCCUUUGUCGAGUACCGCCACCACCUCGGUCUUCCCGCCUCGAUCAUAGACCUCGGCGUAGUCGGUGACGUCGGCUACCUCCUGGAGCGCGACGACCUCUACGAGAACUUCAAGAACGGCGGGUUCUUCUUCCUUAAGGAGCAAGACGUCCUCGACUCCGCCGCCAUCGCGGUCGCCAACUCCUCCGGGGGCCCUUACAGCAGCUUCUGCCUGGGCGGCCUGUCGGAGAAGCCGCUCUCGGAUCCCACGAACCGCGUCAACUGGAAGCGCGACGUCCGCUUCGCCCAGUCCCACUACUUCCUCAAGUCAAAGACCGAGGCGGUCGGGGAGGCAAAGGAGAGCGACGAGGCGGAGACUUUCAUCUCGCUCGCCAGGUCCGAUCCUGCGACCCUCAGGGAUGGCGCGACUGUCAUGGGCCUCGCGCGCUUCAUCAGCGCAACGCUCAGUCAUCUCAUGCUCAGGCCGGUGGAGGACUUCCCCCUGACGGAGAGCUUGACCUCGAUCGGCUUGGACUCCAUCAUCUCCAUUGAGUUGGUCGACUGGAUUCACCAGCAGUUCCAUAUCGGCCUCACUUCUAUGGAGGUCACGCAGUGUACUUCUUUGAUGCAUCUCGCCGAGAAGAUUACAGAGGAGUUGAUUUCAUCGGUGUAGACUUGAGUUUGGUUGCAGAUGGCCUUGGUCUUGUUUGGCGUUGGAGGUCUGUUUUCUUAUCUGGCCCGAGGAGUUUAGGUUCACUGUUUGUAUGCUUUGCAGCCACAAGAUCUAUUUCCACAAUAUCACACGUAGAAGCUACUUUUUAUAUUCCUGUUGACAUUCC